AUGUUUAUAUGUUCAUGGUUUCUCAAUCGAGUAAUUUUAUAUACAGGUAUGGGCUCUGGAUUAGGAUUUCUAUUACUCCUUUUAGCAUGUUUUUGGUUGUAUAAGGUGUUCAAAAAGAGAAUGGAAAGAAUACAUAGAAAGAAAUUCUUCAAACGAAAUGGUGGCCUUCUCUUGAAACAACAAACAAAUGAAGGCACACUUGAAAAAACCAAAAUUUUUCCUGCAAAAGAGUUGGAGGUAGCCACUGAUUACUUCAAUGAAAACCGAAUCCUUGGAGAUGGAGGGCAAGGCACUGUCUACAAGGGAAUGUUAGCUGAUGGUAAGAUUGUGCCCAUAAAGAAAUCAAAACUGGUUGAAGAGAACCAACUAGAACAGUUCAUAAAUGAGGUGGCAAUACUGUCGCAGAUCAAUCAUCGGAAUGUGGUGAGAUUGUUGGGGUGUUGUUUGGAGACUGAGGUUCCUCUGCUUGUUUAUGAGUUCAUGCCAAACGGUACCCUUUAUAAUCUCAUACAUGAUCGCAAUAAUGAAUUUUCAUUUCCAUGGAACAUGCGUCUGAAAAUCGCAGCAGAUAUUGCCGGGGCAUUGGCCUAUUUGCACUCUGCAUCUUCCGUAGCUAUCUAUCACAGAGACAUCAAGUCAAGUAACCUCCUUCUAGACGAGAAAUAUGUUGUCAAAGUAUCAGACUUUGGAACUUCCAAGUUCAUUGCUGCGGACCAAACUCACUUAACUACUCUGGUUAAAGGGACAUUUGGAUAUUUAGAUCCAGAAUAUUUUAAUUCAAGUAAAUUCACAGAAAAGAGCGAUGUUUACAGUUUUGGAGUGGUUCUUGUGGAGCUUCUUAGUGGGCAAAGGCCAAUUUCUGUUGACGAAGAAGAAGAGGAAAGAGGCCUAGCUACUCGGUUUCGUACAUGCAUAGAACAAAAUUGUCUUGACACAAUUUUGGAUCCUCAAGUUUUGGAGGAAGGUAGAAAGGAAGAGGUGAUUUUUGUUGCGAAGCUUGCACAUAGAUGUUUGAAUUUGAAAGGAAUAACAAGACCAACUAUGAAAGAAGUGGCUACUGAAUUGGAAAAUUUUAGGAUGUGUCUAAUGCCUACUAUAGUUGAAGAUGAAUCUGAAGAUGUAAGAGUUUUUGAAGACAUAUGCACAACGAUUUCAGACAAUGAGCACACAUGGACAGGCAGGUAGUUAUAAGAGUAUAGCCGUAUCAUCAUCAACCACACUGACACAUCCCUUAGGAUAGGAUUUAUAACAUAGUAAACUUUUUAUGUCAUACGAAAAAUAGGUGUUUCGUCUUUCUAUUUAAUUUCGUUAUGUUGAUAUCUCCAAAAAAAUAACAAAGUCACUAUUCUAAAUUGUGCUGUAAACUAGUGACUCUAUUUGCUCUGUUUUCACUCUUGUAUCUCUUAGACUCUUACUAUUCUAA